GCACUCAGACUGUGGACGCUGUUUUGGGGUUUUCUGCUUUAUGCAAGUUGCACCGGGACUGAGAGCGAGUACUUCAGCACAUCACUGUGCUAGGAUUGUUAUCGGAUCAUCAGCAACCAUCUCUGCUCUCCCCCUUUUGAGAAAGACAUUUUUAUUUUAUUUUUAACGGCUUUCCAAACAUUGGCACCUCUCAACUGCUGGUCUGUCAACUCACAGCAGCGGAGGAAAUAAAAAGCCCGUAAUGUUCAACCCACACAUCCAUCAGCAGCAGCAGCAGCAGCAGCAGCAGCAGUUUCACCAGCACCUGCGGCAGCUACAGCAACUUUUCCAGCAGCAGCCUCCUCCUCCGCCGCCGCAGCCGCCUCCGGGGCAUCAUGUCUCCCAUCACCACCACCAGACACCGCGAGCCAUUGGCGUUUCUCCCCAGACAGCUGCUCCUCCCAGGAUGGUCAACCUGUGCCAGGCAACCCAGACUACCAUCAUCGCCCCCAAUCCCAUGCUGCAGGGGGCCCUACUGAUGCAGCAGAUGCAGGGUAACAUGCGAAACUUUGGGAUGGGUGGACAGCAGUUCCGUCAGUUCUUCACAGCUGGGGCCAGGUCGUCUCUGCUCGGGCCGGUUCCCAUGGGGAUGGCCAUCAAGACCCCCAUGAUGGGCUUCCCAGCUGCUCGACAGUUCCACCCGCAUGCUCGCUACUACAGCAACAACAACAACACAGCCUCUUCCUCCUCCUCCUUCUCUUCCAUCACUACCGCAGAUGCUGCAGCUCGCCAGCCAGACAGGAAAAGGGACAGCGAGCAGAUGGCAGCGGGGAGCACAGACGACCAACCAGCAGCCAGCAGUACGAAUGAAGUCACGGACGAUACUGAAACAGAUGGCGCCGUGGGAGGAGUGGAUGGUCCCACACAGCCCCCUGAGGAGCAACUUGACGAACCUGUAGUUAAGAAGCAGAGGACAGAGGGGUCAGAGGAGCCAAAAGAGCAGUGUGUUGUUGAGACUGUCACUAUUGCAGAUACAGAUGGAGAAGUUAUUUCUUUGUGUAACAGCAACACAGAGGACAGCCAGACUGAAGACUGCAUCAUUCUGGAGGAAGGAGGCUCCACAGGGGCAUCGGAUGUUGUUGAGGCGCUGGAGGAGAGCAGAGCUGCAGAGGUGCACAGCUGUUCGUCAGCCCCGUCCCCAUCAGGCAGGCUGAGUGAAGACGACCAGCAGGUUCAUUUACCCCCUGCCACUUUGGCUUCACCAGACGACCAGGAGGAAGGAGAGGAGGGUGUAGCAGAGGGCGCCAACAAGUUCUACUGCUACCUCUGCAGCAUUACCUGCCACAACCAGCAAAACUUCAGGAGUCAUAUGAACAGUGUCUCCCACCAGCAGAGGAUGAUGGAGAUCCAGCACAUGAGCAACGCAUGCUUGGUCACUCUGCUGCCACGAGUGCAGGAGUCUCUACAGGGAGCAAACAAAGAAGGAGACAAGAAAGAAGAUGCGAAGCAUUGGUGUGCCACCUGUCACACCCACUUCACCAGCAGCAUCACGGACCACCGUCGCACAGAGGAGCACAAACUUGCCAGUAGGACAGCCGUCUCCUCCUGCACAGUCUGCAAGAAACACUUCAGGACCUCCCAGAUUUUUGUGGAGCACUUGCAGUCCCAGGAGCACAGACUGAAAGUGGAGAAGCUCCAGGAAAAGGAGGGCUGUGAGGUUUUGGGCAAGUUGACUGCCAUGGACACUGACGGCUUUUCAUUGGAAGAGGUGGAGGGCAAUGAGGUGGAGGAGAGAGGGGAAAGAGAGACGAGUGAAGAAGACCACGAAUGCUUUGAGAAACAGGAUGGCUGGUCCUCUCUUAACGAGGUGACUCUAAAGGACAUGGCCAGCGACGAGCAGUAUGACCCCGACACAGUCUAUGGGUCCAGUUUUUUUGUUCCAGUAGCAGGAUUUAUCUGCAGACUGUGCAACACAUUUUACCACUUUGAAUCAUCUGCUCUACACACCCACUGCAAAUCACUGAAGCACUUUGAGAACCUCAAGAGGUACAGAGAGUUGCGGAGUCAAAAGGGUGAAGGUGUUGCAUCUUCCAGAGAAUCCCUCCAAGCUGCAGACAGCCUCAGCCCAACACAAACCAACAUGGACUGUUCGGAUGAAAAUUCCCACUCAGACAACACUGGUUUAGUGACGGACGUAAAGACCAUGCAACCUACCAUUACGCUCACCCGGCUGAACGUGCAGACAGAAAACCAGCAACAGGAGGAGCAAGCAGAACCCGAGCCAAGCUCACAGGACUUCACCACCACCUCAGAGACCAGCACUGGCAGCACAGACCAAGACCUCCACUGCAAGGAAGAAGAGACCACAUCCCAGGCCUCCGAAGUUCAGGAGAGUCCUGCUGAGCUGCCCGCUGGCAGCAAAGAGGAGCCUGACUCAGAGGUAUCAGCUGCUGCUGAGGAUGCUAAUGAAAGGGAGGAGGAGGAGGAGGUGAAGGAGGAGAAGGAAGCUCCUGCUGUCCCAGGAAAAAAGAGCGGCACAGGGAAGGGAAAAAGCACAUCGAAACGCAGGUCAGGGAGGGCCACAAACAGACGCUGAGUCUAAGAGUAAACCUUAGAACAGGAUGUGUCGGUAUGUGAAGAGGUGCUUUCUUGAAACAGAGACCAAGAAGUGAACAGCCCUGCCUCUCUCCGUGUUGGAAAGUUUGAAUUAAACACACCAACAAAUAAGAAGACGGAAUGAUGGUAAAAAUGUGGUGCAACAUUACUUCAUAUAUGAAUUGUUCUCCCAGGGUGGGAGGUUAACAUCUGACAGCGAUCAAAUACAGGUUGAAUCGGUGAAUCCCAGUUAGAGAAUGUAGACAUUGGAUUACAGCAACGAAAUAAUACGAAAUUACAAAGUAUGUGCACCAAGUUUCCAUAUUUACAAAUCUGUAAAAACUGCAUUUAUGUUGCCUGAGUUAUAAAUACUUUUUUUUUUUAAAUUAAGAAGAGGCUCCUCUUAUUGGUUAGCCAAUGUGUCCCAAUUCUAUACUACAUACUAAAAUAUAGUCUAAGCUGAUUCUGAGUAAAGUGACAAAAUAAAUCUGCCACAGUGCAAAAAGGAAAUGGAGGAGCUGCUCACGGCUGCAGACACCAAAACAAAUUGUGGAUAAAAACAAAAUGGUCCCCAGAGGAAGCAUCCUUCUGACUUAAGUGUGGUUUACAUUCGUGUCCCCCCUCAAUUUAAAUGACUCCCUUAGCUUUCCAUCUAGUGCCAUCAUCAGCUGCACAUUUCAGUUUGUCCAACACUUGACCAAAUACCUGCAAAACUGAGGACAUUCCCAUUAGCGUCCGCUUUACUUUGUGUUUAGUGCUUUUGUUAGCACCCCAAACUAAGAUGGAGGUCAUGGUAAAACGCUCUACCUGUUUAACAUCAGCAUGUUAACGUUGUCAUUGUGAGCAUGUUAGCAGGUUGAAUUAGAAUCUAACUUAAAGUACUGCUGUGCCCAAUCCUCUUAGAGCCGCAGGCUGUAUACAAGUAGAAAGAAUCGGGACACACUGAUUUAAAAUCAUAAAUGCUGAGUGUAAGUUUAAGUUUUUUCCCCCCAACUUUUAUUUUUAAGUAUUACAAAGUGUAAUUGAUUUUGACUUCUAAACAAACAGUGAGCAGGGUGUUUAAAUGUAGCUGGGUUUAAGAAAACAAGGUGACUGGUAGAUUUUACACCCACUGGUCUCUGAGGCUGCCUCACCAGAAUAGUUAAUUUCCCACCCUGCUGUCUGCACGGAUCAGGAGGUUGAUGAGAGCAGACUGUCAGCUUUUGCUAAUUCUCCAGCUAGCUGAGAUGAAUGACAUUAUCAACAUUGCUAACCACGCUUUUAGCAACCUGAAAUGUAGACUGUAACCAAAUUAAGUGUUUGAGCAGGUGAUAAGUUUUGUUUAAAAAGUAUUAAAAUGGUAGUUUGGCUUGAUUGUGGAGAAAUGCUGAAUCUUGAGUCUGAUCGUAGCCUUAUUCAGGGCAUUUUAUCAUCCCUUUUUCUUUUUUUCCCUUUUUUUUGAGACAUUUUGGGUUCAAGUUAAUGUCGUGUUUGGGGCAAAAAAAGUUCUGUGGCCUUCUCACUUCAGUAAAUGGGAAUUUUAGAGGGAUAUAAUGAAAAGU